AUGAAGGCGUCUUGCGGAUAUUCGUGGUUGGAGAAGACGUCGAGUUUACGGGAACGGAAUAUGGGAGUGCUUGAAGGUAUGUGCAUUACUGAUGCCCGGGCCAAAUACGGAAGUGAUUUCAGGAACAUAGGAGAAAAGAAAGACUCACUUGUUGCACGUGUCGAAGAGGUGUGGGAUGGGCUCAUUGCCGAUGCACAGGAAAAAGGUUGGAAGAACUUGGUGGUUUGUACUCAUGGUGGAGUCAUCACUGCAUAUAUCAACUACUUGUACACUGAUAGGAAAUAUGGCCUAAAUAGGAAACUAUCUCCGGACAGUUUAAAAGUUCCAUUUAACACCAGUGUUCUGACCAUCGAUAUAGUUUUAGCAAAUAAGCAAGGGACCAUACAGGAUUUCGGCAACACGGAUCAUUUGGGAGGACAUUUCACUGUCAAGGAUCAAGAUUUGCGCUAA